CACGUACUGGCUGCACCCCAUAUAAACCUGAGUUCAUCGCCUUCGCACACGUCAGUCGUUUUUUCGAGUUCGAAAAUGAAGCUAUCACUUCCGCUAGUGCUGCUGUUCGCUCUGCUCGGUCUGUUCGUGACGGUAGCCGUUGGACAGACCCCCUGCUCGUCCGCCAAGAAGGUGCGAUGUAACGUUCACUGUCGCGGGUACACCAAGCUCGGUUCCUGCUACGAUGAUAACUGCUCGUGUGUCGACAAACCGGCAGCGAUGAAAGCUUCCUUUGCGGCAUGAAUAAAAUGGCAAAACAUUGAUUCUUAAA